CCGUCAUCCGGGAUUUGUGCGGCGUCUCCUCAUAAAUAAGAGUUCACGCAUGCGUAGCAGUUCCUCAGCGGUUCGACCUCUGCAGCCGAGACAAACCCAGGUUAUCCCGCUAGGUUGAUUCUAACAAUCAACGAAACCAACAAAAAUGUAUGCCUGUGCAAAGUUCGUCUCUACGCCUGCAAUGGUCCGUGCUGGAUCAAGGGCCCUAUACAGACCUCUCUCUGCCUCAGUGAUCUCCAGGCCAGAUGCAAGAACAGGAGAGGCUAGCUCAGCCCUUGUUUCACAGAGCCCCAUGUCCCAGGUCGCACUGCGGGGCUUCCAGACUAGCUCAGUGAGCCGAGACAUCGACACCGCCGCCAAGUUCAUUGGUGCCGGUGCUGCCACCGUGGGUGUGGCCGGAUCCGGAGCUGGAAUCGGGACUGUGUUCGGCAGCCUCAUCAUUGGUUAUGCCAGGAACCCCUCCCUGAAGCAGCAGCUGUUCUCCUAUGCUAUCCUGGGCUUCGCCCUGUCUGAGGCCAUGGGUCUCUUCUGUCUGAUGGUGGCUUUCCUCAUCCUGUUUGCCAUGUAAAGCCCCCUUCACCCUCGUCCCGCGCCAGCCGAGAAGACGCGUCACUUUACUCUGGCUACCAAAAGCGUUCUGUGUUGGUGUCAUGACUGUACAUUUUCCAAGUUUUUGUUGAAGGUUGACAAUAUGAAAACCAACAUGUAUUGUAAAAAUGUAACCAAUUACAGAAUUAAAAUACAUGUAUUUCACUAUUUAAA